AUGAUUAUCGUGCUGUUGUUGCUCUUCCAAUCGCUCUGUCUUUACUGCCAACGUUUGGUGUUACACGUACAUGACCGAUGGAUAAAUCGCACAAACGCCCGUCUCCUGGCCGAAGUGGCUGAAACAGUGGGGGAUCGCAAGGCGCUCCAACACCUCCAGGAGCAGCAAACCGAGCAGGCAAAGCGUCAGAGCAAAGAGCGCCGCCUGGAGUCUUUUCUGCCUCUCGGCGCCGGUGUUAACCUCGAGGCGUGUAGAUUUUGUGCCAACAGUCCGCAAGGAUACUGUCGCCACCACUUUCAUCUGCAAGAGUUGCAGGUCCAGAAGCAACAACAGCGACACCAGCAGUGGAUGCCUUUGGGUUGCUCGAACAGCGGUGAAAGGAGUGUGGGUCAGGAAUAUCGACAGCUGCGGCGCAUUAAACGCGAGCUGAAACGCAGUCUUAACCAACGUUUAAACGUUCAACAACAACACCAGCAAAGCUAUCAGCAAUACCGUCAGGUCCUCAGUAACUUACAGGCGGAGCAGCAGCAGCAAUUGGAGGAGCAGCCGGAAGAGGAUCAGCAGGAGCUAUCAAGUAGCCAGACAUCGUUAACAAGUGGCUUUAUAUCGUUGGAGGAGCAAUCAAUCUCGUCAGCCACAACACACUGCACCGACUUGGACGAUGAGGAGCUACCGCCCAUAUUCCGCACCCACAUAGUCACCAGCUAUUUGUAGACGAACCACUCAAUCACCCUUCAGUACUUCAGCUAGAACAAUAGACAAAGCAAGCCUGGCAGCUUCAUUCAAGCAAAAACAAC